UCUUAAAGUCUUUUCCAACCUAAGUGAUUCUAUGAGUCAGUGUCUUUUAGGAAGCCCACUCAGGGCAGAGAUGAAACUGUAGCGCUGACUGGGAGCCCUCUGCAGUCAUUUGCUGUGCUGGUGGUUUAUUAUGAUGAUUAUUGUCUGUGCUGGUUCAGGAAAAAAUUGCACUUUGCCCUUGCUGUGGACCUGCACAGUCCCAGCUUCCCACUGUGCUGGGAGGUGUCCCAGUGCCAGUGUGCUCCCUCUGAGGGACCUGCCUGGCUUGUCCUGCCCUCUCUGGAGGCAGCCAGGUCAUCCUCAGCAGUUGCCACCCCACAUCCCCCCAGCCUUGUGCUGUCCCUGUGUCUUCAAUCCCUCAGUUACUCUCGGGUUCUCCUCCAGACCUCGGCCAGAGGUGACAGGAGGCUCCAGGUGCCCCCGUAGCAGUUGUGGAGUGCAGAGCACAGACACAGUGCUAUCUCUGCUCCUCCUGGAGAGCCCCAGUUUAUCCAGCCUGUGGCCAUAUCCCUGCAUGCCUUGGUAAUCUACUGCACCGUGCAGGAGCCUGGGGACAUGCCCCUGCCUUUGAGGUGAGUGGCUUUUAAGCAAUUUAGUUUUUUAAGGUGUAUCUUAAUGUCUCUGUUACAGACAGUGCUUGUUGCUUCUCUUCGUCCUGUGUUAUCAAGUUGUUCUCUCUAUUUAGUGCUUUUCUGGUGUCGAGUCACUUACACAGCACUGAUUUUGCUGUUUCCUUCCCAAUUACUGCCAGAAAUAUUGCAUGGCCUAAGGUGACAGCUUAGUUCCUGUUGCAGCCAGCGUUGCCAGUUAUUUGCAGGUCUGUUUGGGAUCUGCCACUUAGAGAGCUGUCGAUAGCUGUCAUACACCUGUGUGUGCUCUAAUGAGGUCCGUUAUGCCAGUGCUCCCUUUCACCUGCACAAAGACAUCUGCUGAGGUGAGAGCUCUUUGCCUGGUGCUGCAAGAGUGGUUCCUGACUCCCUGACCUCACACUGAAACCGGAGCCUUGCUGGGCUCCAGUUUUCGGGGUCAUCACGUUGUGCCAGUCCUCGGGGAGCAUCGGUGGUGAUGGCUCAGAAGACUUUUUGGCACAAUCUUAUAACAGUUGAAGGUGUAAAUUAUUUGCUGCUGUUGUUUAAGAAUGAUCUAUAUUUAGUUCUUGCUGUUUAAUAUCAUGCCAGGUUACUCCUGACAAACAUGACCGUGUCCUUUCCCUUUCUCCUCAGGACAGUGUUAGCAUUUAUAUUGGCCAUUUCUCACUUUUCUACAUUGUGACUAAUGUUUCCACUGUUCUGUUGUUGUCAGUGGCACUUCUUAUUGUCCUUAUUAUCUAUAAAAAACUCUCUAGGUUGUUUUCUAACAGUGUGGUGUUUAGCUUGCACUCUCAUGCAUUUUAAGGUGGUGUCAGAAUUUUAGGGACUUCACAAUGAUUUACAAAUUCUAGGAUUCAUUAAUUCCUUCACUCAUUAGGGUUGCAAGUUGAUACAUAUUUUUUUUUCCCAUGUGAUGGAGGUGGAUAUUUUUGCUGCCCUAUUUGUCCUGGGCAAUCAUUCAUGUUUGUGCACUGACAAAACACCUGGCACAGUUCCCUUCCUGGUAGCCUGCUGGCAGCUUUGGAGCCGGGAUGGGAUGCAGCAUUUAGGUCAGUUCUCCUCGGGAUGCCGUUUCAGGAGCGGGCUUUGUGUUUCACACCACGCUGGUGCCGGGGCCAACGUCUCUGUCCUUUGGGCUUCCCCUUUCCACAGCACAGAGGAAUCUAUUUCUCCUCCUGAUUUUCACCUGGGCAGGGGGGGUGAGAGAAAGAGGGAUGCAUGGAGACUAUGCAGAGAUGGAGACUCUUGGGGUGGAAAAAGCAGAUUUCAGAUUUUUUUACCCCUUUACUACUGCAUGUUCACACUGUCAUGAAUGAGCUCGUGGAAGGCCGGGCAGGACGACGUUCCUGCCAGCCCAAAUAAAACCAGGGGCUGUUUGCAUUUUCCACUUAACUUUUUUUUAAAAUUUUCCUCACCUCUGAGACGGGCUGCAAAAUCUGGGCUUUUAUGGCUGCCAAGCUACAGUGGAGCUCAUCCUGCUCUGCUCCACGCGACUCAGGCACCCCCAGGGGAUGAAACAUCCCAUUGCUGGGAAAAUUGUCCUCUCUGAGCGUUACUUCUCUGGCUGGGCAAGCACCUUGGUGGGGUGCCUUGCUUUGAGGCCGUGGCACCUCGGGCUCACUUCAGCUGCACCCCAGGCUCUCAGCAGCACGGGGGGAAGCAUCUCACUGCCUGGCCCUCGGGGAGCCAAACCCACAGAAGGUUUGGGCUCUACGUGCUGCUGACACCUCGCAGGAGCCGGGAGCGCGUUACAGCAACAGAUUCCGUAUUAUUCCAGCCUCGCAAGCGUCUCCUUGCGAUACUAAAAACACCAGCUAAAAGCCAAGUCCAAGCUCUCAAUGAAUGACUCCGUGGAAAUGCUGUCGGGCACGUUUCAGUGCUGCUUUGGCUUUGAUUUAAACGGGUAAACACGGUGAGUGGGUGUUUGCUUUGACUUCUUCCUCGCAGCGAAAGACUUCCUUUGAGGGAAGGCAAAGCCUCCAGUGCUGUUCCCCAUCACAGCAUUGGACCGUUCUGCCCGUGGUUUGAUUUUGGUGAUGCCUUUGCUGCCUGCCUGGGUCCUGUGCUGCCCAGCAGCAGUGGGAACCCCCCCAGUUUACCCAGUACCAGGGACGCCUCGAGCCCAGGGCUCUACUUAAGGGUAGGAAUAACCUUGGCAGAGCCUGGUUUCUCCACCUGGUUGUGGCAGAGUCAUCCCCCUUGGGAUGAUGACCAAGGACCUCCUUGGCUUUUGUGGGCACCUCCCCCUGCUUGACCCUACCUGACUGCUCUGUUUCCUUUGAAGCGCCCCAAAAUCACCUCCAGCUUUGGCUGCACCAUGAUUACACGUCAGAGACAGCCUUCACCACGUGGUGGGUGGUCUCUGGAGGAGGCAGGGUGGGUGCAGCCCGUCCUCUCCUUGUCCUGCUGCUUUCGGAAGAGCCCCCCUCUGCUCCUCACACAAGUCCCCCACCUCCACCAGAGCCAUCAAAACCGGCUCCUUGGCAGCCUGUGCACGUAGGAACCAUCUUCUGGUAACAGAUUGUUGUGUAUUUAAUGAACCCGAGGAAAACACGGAAUCCGGAGGCUGUGGGGCGAUACGAGUUUGCUGUUCAGUCUGCCAAAUUCACGCUCAUUCAGACAACUCGCAGAUGUUUGGCUCCUCGUUCGUCAAAGAGGUUUAUGGAAGAUGCAGCGCUCAGAAAUUCACGGGGAGACGGAGGUGGCAGCGUGGGCAAAGGUUUCCUGGCCCCAGAGGGCUCCUUCCCUCCCUUCGCUGUGCCUUCCCCUUGCCAGUGUUGAUGGCAACGGAUGGACAAACAGCAGGGAAAAGUGCCUUUCGGUCACUAGGAGGAUUAAUAAAGGCCCUGGGUUCGUCUUUCAGGAGCCAAGGAGCUCUUUGAAAGCUAUUUCUGAGCUGAGGAAUGAAGCCCCAGAGACUGCCCAGGAGCCAAAGUACUCUGGUGUAAUGCAAACAGUGUAGGGUGUGCAGGUGACAGUGGGCACGUGUGUUACCCUGUGUGGGCACAGAGACGGUCCACUGAAAGCACCUGAAGUUCUUAAAAUAUUGCCUGCUUACUUCAGGGAGAUACUUUCAAUUUUUGGAAGGUUCUAAAUGGUCAUUUUUCUGCACUGCAUGUGAGGGUUCUGCAGUCUUAGGGUGAUUUAUCCAUAAAGGAGAGCUGGUAGAAGACAGUGUGGAAUCUGCAAAUUGAUCCAUACAUCCAGUAUUUCCCUGCUUUUACUCCAGAUAAAUCUGUAGGGGCUGUCAGCCUCUACCUCUUCUCCAGCUCAGCCUUGGAAAAAGGAGAAAUCUGACCUGCAAGCAGCAGGUUGGAAAGAGAUGAUCUUUAAGGUCCCUUCCAGCCCAAACCAUUCUGUCAUUCUGACCCUCAGGGCAUUAUGAUCUGGCUGUAAGUAGAUGGACGUUGUUUCAUGGAGGUGGGUGUUCAGGUGGGUUUAUGUGCUGUUUGAAAAUGGUUUGAGCUUGAGAAGUGAGUCAGUAAAAGUGUUGUGGUGGGGCUAUUUACCAUCUCUGGCUCAGACAUUUCAGGCUGUAUAUGGGAAAAGAAUAUAAGGAAGAAACAAGAACUGGUUUUUUGUGUCUGUUUACUAGAGCAGCGUGCUCUGAGCAGUAAUUAAAAGUAAACCUGGACCCUGCUGGCUUGUUCAGCAUCCCUAGUUGUUGAGAUUAAGCAGCCAGAGCAAUUCUCAAUUCAGCAAUUCCUCAGCUUUCGGGAGCAUGGCCAACACUCACAGUGUCUCACAGACCACUGCAAAUUCUUGUAAUAAAUCUCACAAUUGAGGCGGGGGGAGGAACCCACAGAAAGGUGAGAUGGUUUGUAGGACCAGCAGGCUGGAUUGCUGCUGCUGCUUCAGCUGCUCUUCUCCAGAGACAACCCUUGGUCCAAUAUUUCUACUAUUCCUUGGAAAUAGUACUCAAAGUUAGAAGCAGAUUAGGCCAUGAUUACAGGUUUGCUCAGAAAGAAUGUGUCAUUUCUAUGGUUGUAGGGACUAAGAGCAUCCUGUAGGAUGGCCCACACAUGCAGGGAUAUUGGUGGUGUGUGUCCCCAAGGCGACGUGGCUGCAGGGGUCUGUGUUCCUGCAGGACUCCCCGGCGUCAGUCCUGCUGGCUGAGGAGGAUGCUGAGCUUAUGGGGCUGAGCUCUGCUGUGUGGUGUCAGUGGCUCUGGGGUGUUGUUCCACGGCAGAGUGUUGAGCUGGGAAUGCACCCUCAUGUUGGAGCAGCUCGUCAGCCUAUGCCUGUGGCCAGCUAAGGAAUGAUCCCAUUGGGGGUGUGACCCUGGUCCUCAGCAAAACUCGUGCAGGCUGGAUGUGCAGCCAAGAGAUACCCAAGACCUCACAUUAGUGCUCCAAACGUGUCUGGUCUUCUCUUUAAUCCCCACAGGUGAGUUUUUGUGCAGUGAGCCGGGUCCUGUCUAGUCACUUCAUAGAAUCAUCACAGAAUCACUGAAUGGCCUGGGUUCAAAGGGACCUUAAAAGAUCAUCUUGUUCCUUCCCCCUGCCAUGGGCAGGGACACCUUCAACUAGCCCAGGUUGCUCCAAGCCCUGUCCAACCUGACCUUGGACACUUCCAGGGAUGGGGCAGCCACAGCUUCUCUGGGCAACCUGUGCUGGUGCUUCACCACCCUCACAGGGAAGAAUUUUUCCCUCAUAUCUUGUCUAAACCUACUCCCUUUCAGUUUGAAGCUAUUCCCCCUUGUCCUGCUGCUUCCCAUGUCUCACUGGUUCCUCUCUGUUGGAGACCGGCUGUCUCCUCACCCGCACCUCUCGCUUGCUGGUUGCUGUUUUGCAAUGACUAAUUUUGCUUUCUUCUUCUUCUCCUUUUCAGUUGCCAGGGAGGAAAAGGCAAAGUCACUGCCAGCACCAUUUCCUUCAGCCUAAAGAUGUUGAGACAAAGCACCUCUGCCCCUGCCCUGUCCUUUCAGUGCUUCCGCUGCUGGGAGUUUUCCACGCUCCGAGGCUGUCCCUGUGCAUCCCCCGAGGAGCCGGCGGGGCCCAGCCUUUCCCAGGGGAACAUGGACUGAAAGAGGAGCUUUGGCAGGCCCCAGCUGCCAGCACCCUUCUCCUGGACCCUGAUGGACUCCGAGGCAGGACUGCAUUACCAUGGUGAUGAUCUUAACCAAAACUCGGGAAAACAAAGGUGCUGACUCCGUAACAUGCAGGACUGAGCUGCACACUCCAAAGAUGAGUCAAGGACCUACCCUCUUCUCUUGUGGCGUGAUGGAAAAUGACAGAUGGAGAGAUCUCAGCAGGAAGUGUCCACUCCAGCUCGAGCAGCCGGGCGCCAGCAUCUGGGACUGCUUGUCGGACAAGGGCGAGGAGGGCCCGCGCUGGCCGAGGGAGGCGGCCACCACCUGCUCCGUCACCAACCUGAUCAAGGACCUGAGCCUCAGCGACCCCCACGGCAACGCCUCGGCCCCCCCCAGCAAGCGCCAGUGCCGCUCGCUCUCCUUCUCCGACGAGAUGUCGGGCUGCGGGACCUCGUGGAGACCGCUGGGCUCGAAGGUGUGGACGCCGGUGGAGAAGCGCAGGUGCUACAGCGGGGGCAGCGUGCAGCGCUACUCCAACGGCUCCGCCACCAUGCAGAGGAGCUCCAGCUUCAGCCUGCCCUCGCGCUCCAACCCGCUCUGCGCCGAGCAGCCCACCCGGCUGGGGGGCCAGCCCAGGAAGGCGGCUGCCGGCUGCGGGCGCGAGCGGGUGGACAUUCAGAGGUCCCUGUCCUGCUCGCACGAGCGCUUCUCCUGCUCGGAGUACGGCGUGCCCUCGGCCAGCAGCACGCCCGCCUCCACGCCCGAGCUGGGCCGCCGCGCCGGGGGGCUCUCCCGGAGCCGCUCCCAGCCCUGCGUCCUCAACGACAAAAAGGUGGGAGUCAAGCGGCGGAGACCGGAGGAGGUCCAGGAGCAACGGCCCUCGCUGGACCUGGCCAAGAUGACCCAGAACCGCCAGACUUUCAACAGCCUUACCUGCCUCAGCGCCGCGGCCGAGGAGGGCUCCCAGCGCCCCCGGCCCCCCGGGCUGGAGCGCAUCCCGCCGCUCCCGGAGGUGAUGCCGGGCAGGACCCCCGCCUGCACCCCCGUGCCGGGACCGCCGCGCCCGCAGCCCGAGGACCCCCGCGCCAGCAGGGAUGACCUCUCCUGCGAGGAGGAGGAGGAGGGCGGCGCGAAGGAGGAGGACAGGGUGGCCUGGCGGAGCGGCGGGACAGGCGCCGAGAGCCUCUUCCAGCUGGACGGCGAGCUUGACAUCGAGCAGAUCGAGAACAACUGAGGAGGGAGCGGGUCGCCUCGCCCCCCGGUGUCGGGGGCUGCCAGCAGAGCACUGGAGGGCUCCUCGCUGCGGUUUGCGGGGUCCUGUCACUGCUCCCCCUCCUGCCAGCUGGAGGGGACAAAGCAGCUUUGCCAAAAUUUCAUCAGGUAUUUAGAGCAAUUUGUGUGCAUGCGUGUGUAAAUCUUGAAAUUCUUUGUAACUACUGUAGCCAGAGAUCAGCCAAGUCGGAGGAAAGUGCCUGUCCGAUAGGAAAAACCAGGCACAGGGAUUAUUGCCAAAGUCUCGCCGUGAGCGAGUAAAUGGCUUUUCCCAGGACAGGGUUGGAGCUGAUGGAGCUGGCCGUGCUCCCCUGGGUCCCACCUGUGCUAGUUCAGAAAGGGAUGCACAAGGAGAAACCACCACCCCUGAGGCUUGAAAAAGUGGGGGAAAACCAGAAUAUUGAGAUUUGCAAACUGAGCACUGGCUGGUGGCCACUGCUGGGGUGGCUGUGGCCCCUUUUCUCCUGCCACAUCCCGUGCAGCCCCAGCACCCCUCUCUCCCCGUGUCCCUGGCAGUGCCGUGAGAAGGAAAUCACAAGUGAAGUCUUUUUUUUUUUUUUUUUCUAGUUUUCCUGAUGAGGAAUUAAAGGGACCCCUGGCCCACGUGGGGCGGUGUCCGCAGCAGCGCUUGCCGGGUGCUGCCCGGGAAUGCCCAAAUGCUUUUCUUCCCUAUUUUUUUUUUUUAAUUCCCAGCCCCCUCUCUCAACCCUGUUGGGAAACAGCCCCACUCAGGCUCGGUGCCACCCUCACUUGGGUUCCCAUCACCCUGUUGGGGCUGGGCUGUUUACCCAUUUAGCAGCAGCUGUGCCCUCUUUGCUACCCAGGGCAAGGCUGCCACCCUCGUUUUUUGGCUUUACUGUGAAGGGCUGUGCGCCCGAGGCACGUCACAGCGGGGUUACUUGACAAAGUCAGCUGGCAAAAGGCUGAAAAUCCAGGUAGCAGCACUGAAAGCUUUUCCUCUUCCUGUGCCUUUUUUUAAGCACAGAUAAAAUGGUGACCAUUCUGUUUUUUACAAUAUGAAUUCUCUUUGCUAAAAAUAAGCUGUCCACUUGCUAACAGGUUUAGAAGGACACAUUUUUUUUUUCUCCCUUUGUUUUUUUCUUUGGUUUGUUUGUUUAAAGCUCUAGGGAGGCUGUACGAGUGGCUUCCAGCAUCCUCUGCAGGUUCCUUCAAGCUCAGGGUUCACUUCCCGAGCUUUGCAAAAGCGAGAAAGGAAAAAGAAUCAUUGAUACCAACAGCAAUUGAAGACAUGACAUUUUCAAUGGGGUUCAGCACCCUCGUGGGCAGUGCUUUGAGGGUCCAUAACUCAGAAAGACUGAGAGCUGCUGGUACAGGUUUCAUUCACCAUUUCUGGUUGUUAGUGCACUUUUUUCUGCAGUGGUUUGGGAUAUGUGUGGCAUCUCCCACCACAGUGGAACCCAUUGGCUGUUAUCCCUGUCCUGGCACCACAGAGGUUUGGAUCCCCACAGGCAAGCAGGACCAGCCCCAGGUAUUUGAGGAGGGGACGGCAGGGAUGUCUUUUCAUUUUGGGGAGCCCUCCAGCUCUUUUAAAGCAUUGCUUGAUGCAUCACUUAGAAGAAAAUACAUCCUGGGUGAAUUUUUAGCCCUCCUGUUGUGGAAGACGCUGCUGGUCUCAGACAUUUUGGGAGGGUCCGGCCAUGCCAGUGUUUUCCCAGGUUGCUGCCCCUCUGUCCGUGCCCCUGCAGCGUCACCCCCACAGCACAGUUCUUGGCUCUGAGUCUUCCUGAUGCUCCAUCCAUCCUCCCCACCACUGACACGUCCCAGUCUCGGGGCACACAGCUCCUGCUGGCCACAGGCACCUCCUCAGCUGGCCCAAAAAGGGCAAACCCACCCAAAUCCGUGUCCGGCUGCUGCCACAGAGCCCCGGGUGGGCUCUCGCAUGUGCAUCACUGGGGCUGGAGCUCCUAAGGGCUUCUGUUUUCUUUCCAAGGGCUGCUCCUGGUGCCACGCUAACCCUCCAGUGUGGGGAGGUGGCCGAUGGACCACGAUCCAGCUGUACUGGACAUAGCCGUAGCAUUCAGUUUACAUACAGCACAACCUGUUUGCCUUACUAAAAACGCUUCUCCAAUGAGUCAUGGCCUUAUACUGGGCACGUUGGCGUAGGCACAGACUACAGUUAGCGACAGUUUUGAGGCCACAGUGAUGUUCUGUUGGGUAUUUCUUGUUGGGUUUGUAUGAUUUCAUGUACUUAUUCUCAGUUUAAGAAAGCCUUACUUUUUAAAUUUUUUUUUUUCUCUCUCUCUCUCUGUAGAGGUAAAACGUUUGUGGAUUUAUAUAUAUAUAAAUAUAUAUAUAAAUAAAGUAUUAAAAAAUAUUAAAUAUAAUAUAGUAUGUGCCUCAGAUUCAGGGGACAUCCUGUUGAUUGUAAAGUCAGAAGUGGUGUUGCUCCCUGGCGUCAGGAGAUCCGUCCCCUACGCCCGCAGUGGGAGAGCAGGACCUGGGGGUCCUGCUCUUGGUUUGUAAAGGACUUCACCUAUUACACAGAUGCUUUGGUAACCUUCCAACUCCCCCCUGACAAAUCCCUGCCGGCUGCCAGAAUGUGAUGUUAAAGUAAUAUGCAGGCAAAGGAUGUUAUUCCUUGCUAGGUGGCUAAAAUGAGCUUAUUAUUGUGAAGAGACCCGAUGGCUUUUCCAAGGUGUGACCCAGUCUGGGCAGCCACUGUUUUAGGAUGACAGCAAAGCUGUGUCAGCAGCAAUCAUGAUGGAAAAAAUAGGAUUUUAAUACAAAAAAGUCUUAGCAGGCACAUGGGAGUUUGCUGUGUGUUUGCAGAUGUAGCUCUUUGAGCUGGUUCUAUGAAAGAGUACAUUUAAAAAACAAAACAAAACGACGAAAAGAAGUGUUUGUAAAAUAGAUUGUAAUUUUUCCACGUUCUAGCAUAGCCUGUUUGGCCAACAAAGUUGUGUUUCAAGUGCAUUGUUUAAAGCUCCUGGCUGCCCAGGCGAACAGACUGAAGUAGGAUGUUCUAGGAUUGUAGCGGUGCUUUACGGCGUGUACAAGUUCGGUGUUUUCAAGAAAGCGGAAGAAGAAGAUGGCCAAAUUAAAAAAAAAAAAAAAAAAAGGAUGAGGAGAAAAAUAAAAAAAAGGAAAAAAAAAAAAGAAAAA